AUGGCUGCCGCUGGGCAACCUCUGGAGCCCGAUACCUUUGAUUCGGACUCGGCAAUCUCGGAGCUUCGGAAUGGCAGUACCGACUCGCCUACCCCGAGUAUGUUGACGGUGCUGGAGGAGAAUGGCAGGACAUAUCACGCAAUGAGUUCCGGGAAAUACCCGUUCCCCAACGAUAUUGUCGAGCAGGAGCGCCUAGAUUUCCAACACCUCAUGUGGAGUGUGACGCUGGGCGACAAGCUAUGCCUAUGUCCUAAGGACUCACAAAAGGCAAAGCGCGUGCUGGACGCCGGUACGGGCACCGGGAUCUGGGCGAUGGAUUACGGCGGCUACCUCGAAAUGCAAGACCUCUCCCUUCCCUACCGCUGCGACGACGCAUCCCUAACGCCAGACUCUCCAAUCCACAAACUCUCCGACCUUUUCCUUAGAGGCGGCCGUGUAACAGGCCGCAACAUGGACGCGGCGCCCACCUACGCCACCCUCAUGCGCACCGCGGGCUUCGUCGACGUUGAAGAACAACAAUUCAAGUGGCCCGUCAACGCGUGGCCGCGCGACCCGCACUUCAAGACGUUGGGCGCGUACACGCAUUGUAACCUCGACCACGGGCUCGAAGGGUUGACGUUGGGGCUCGCGACGAGGAAUUUGGGGUGGAGUAAAGAGGAGACGCUGCUUUUUUGCGCGACAGUGAGGAAGAGUUUGAGGAGCCAUAAGGUGCAUGCUUAUGUUCCUUUAUACGUUGUGUACGGGCGGAAGCCGACGGUGGCGGAGACGAGUGGAUCUAAUCCACCGGAGGGUAUACAUUAG